AUUUUUCAUGAUAUCAUUUUUAGUUCUAAACAAACAAUGAAAAGUGUGGCAAUACUGUGCAAGUGUUAGAGAAAAAAAUUAAAUAAAAUAUAAAAAUAUUAGCCAAAAUGUAUAAGUUAUAUAUAAUGAUAUUUAUAUCUAUGAUUCUUUCAUAUGUGAUCCUGACCUCCGCUCAGUCCACCCCUGCCAGAUGCUUCCAGUACACGUGGCUAGGGCCGCGGUUCAACAACGAGAGUGUUUUCAUGAACGCCACCUGCCAGGACGCCACCAGGCUGGCGAGUGACGUGCCUUGCAGACAACCGCUCGUGGUUUCCUAUGAUGGCUCGUGGCCGGAUGUGUCAUACAUUUGGGCCAAUCACCUGAACGAAGCAUCUUGUAUAUUAGCUGACAACGACGUGUGCGCUACCUAUACUUAUUACUUUAACGGACGAGCUGAAAAUUCAACGGCCAUGUGCACCAGAGCCGUGGAUAACAAUGGGGAUGCCAUCACCAGGGGUUGCUUCCAGCAGCGGAAUGGUAGCUUCGUCACGCGGGUCUGCUUCUGUCGAUCCUUUAAUAAUUGCUUAAUUUUAAUAUUUCCACUGAAAAUGUAUUCCGUAUUGACUAGAGGAAAUGCUAUACUUACGUAUACUUUAAGUGUGCUGGCAUGUUUAACGUUCCUAUGUUUUCUGUCCACGUUAACAGUGGAUUACCGGACUGCGGCACAAAUGAAUACAGUAAAAGUAGUCGUUAAAAAUGUACCAGAUUACGGAGCUUCAAGGGAGAGAAACGACCUGGGAUUCCUCACAUUCGAUCUAAAGACUGAUUUGUCCCACCUUUUCAACUGGAACGUAAAACAGUUAUUCCUCUACCUGACUGCUGAAUAUAUCACCCCCAACAAUGAGUUGAACCAAGUAGUACUUUGGGAUAAAAUUAUCCUAAGAGGUGAAAAUGCUGCAUUAGAUUUUAAGAACAUGAACACUAAAUACUACUUCUGGGAUGAUGGCAAUGGUUUGAAAGCGCACAACAAUGUUACCCUGACCCUGUCAUGGAACAUCAUCCCCAAUGCAGGACUGCUGCCCAACAUAGAGGCUAUUGGCCAACAUUCCUUUAAGUUCCCUACAGAAUACACCCAAACUAGGGUUUGAUCCGUGUUACCCUGUAAAUAAGAAUACCUACUUCUAUAAGUGUGUAUGUAAGGUUGGUAAGAAUUACAAAAUUGAAAUCUCUUUAA